AUGGGCAUGUGGGAAAUCACCAACCUCCCAAAAGAUGCAAACACCAUUGACACAUGGUGGGUCCUCAAGAUCAAGACUGAUGCAAACCUCAUACCAAUGAAGUUCAAGGCCAGACUUGUGGCACAAGGUUUCACACAGCACAAAGGUAUUGACUACAUGGAAGUCUUCACACUGCCACUGAAUGGAAUCAAAAUACCUGGAAAAGUGCUGAAAGUAGUGAAGGGACUGUACAGCUUGAAACAAUCAGGCCAUGAGUGGAACAUUGAGCUAGACUCACAUCUCCAAAUGAUUGGAUUUCACUGCAUGCCAAGCACACCAUGCUUAUAUUCAAGAGGAACAGAUGAUAGAAUCACAAUCAUUACAGCAUACAUAGAUGACAUGCUGAUAAUGUUGCCCAGCUGCAGCAAGGUCAAUCACACUAAGCAAGAAAUCAUGGAUAAAUGGGAAAUGAAGGACAAUGGCAAAAUCAAGGAGUUCUUGGGGAUAAAGAUCACAUGUGACAGAAGGCAGAGGAGGAUAUCCCUGGAUCUAACAGCAUAUGUCAAGGCAAUGGUAAACAAAUGGUUAGAGGGAACAAAUGAGAAAUCCUGGAUACCCAUGCUGAGUGUGGCAAACAUGGCCAGAGGCAAGAAGUGCAACCCUCAACAGGCAAGGAAGUGCCAGGAAUUGGUCAGCCAACUAUUUGCAUGGAAGGCAGCCAUUCAUAAGGUGAAAUAUUUAAAUCAGACAAGUGGAUACCAACUGUACUUAGGAGGCAGGUUGGACAAACAUGCAGACAAACCAGUAACAACAUAUACCAAUGCAAAUUGGGCAUUGGACCCCACAAAUGGAUGGAGGAGCACCUCAGGAGUGAUAAUGUACAUAUACAGAUGCCCAGUCAGUUGGAAAUCUCAUGUUCAGAAAUGUGUGGUGUUGUCAGCAGUCAAAGCAGAAUUUUUCACUGCUUCCGAAGCAGUACAAGAGGUGCUAUUCUUCUCAUAUUUGCUUCAGGAUUUGGAGAUCACAGAUGUCCAGCCAAUGCUCUACACAGACAGUCAGGGGUGCAUCCAGGAUUGGAGAUACCACCAAGGGAGGGAGUUGAAAAUGCAUUGGCAUCUCAAGAGGGAUGCACAAGUCACAGCCAAGACACCGAGGGACCGGAUGCAUGCAUAA